AUGGAACAAAGAAGAUCCGAGAGACGAAGGGUGGGAGGGUAUUCGGUCGACUGCGUGUUUGCGGUGCUUUUGUGGAGUGUGGCCUCGGCGCAAAUAAGAUAUUCGAUCUCUGAGGAAGUGAAAGAAGGAACUGUGGUUGGAAAUAUAGCGAAAGAUCUCGGAUUAGAUAAAAGCACCUUGAAAGACAGGAAAUAUCGGAUUGUUUCGAGUAAUGCGGAUCCUCUCUUCCACGUAAAUCAGAAUGAUGGCAUGCUGUAUGUGAGCCGGAAGAUUGACAGAGAAGAGGUGUGCGCGCAGAGCAGUACGUGUUUAAUAAAUCUGAAAACAGUGCUGGAAAACCCACUGGAGAUACACUACGUAGGAGUGGAGGUGCUGGAUAUAAAUGAUCAUUCUCCCAGUUUCCCGGAAAAAGAUAAAAGGUUGGAGAUUUUUGAGUCUGUCUUGCCCGGAGCACGAUUUCAGCUAAAAGCCUCUCGGGAUCGAGACAGUGGUCAUUUCUCCGUGCAGCAAUAUAAACUCAGCAACAACGAUCACUUCCGUUUGGAAGUUAAGGAUAAAGGAAACGAUGGCAAAAUACCAAUAUUGGUUGUUCAAAAAUCAUUAGAUAGAGAAACUGCAGGAAGCCACUCACUGGUGCUGAUCGCACUGGAUGGAGGGAAACCUCCGAAAUCAGGCGAAAUGAAUAUUCUAGUAAAUGUGCUGGAUGUCAAUGAUAACGCGCCUGUUUUCACUAAAGAGAAUUAUUCUGUGAUGCUAGAUGAAAAUACUCCUGUGGGCACCACUGUCUUACAAGUGAAUGCAACUGAUUUAGAUGACAGCACGAACGGAGAAGUAUUUUACUCGUUUAGCAACAGCAUGAAUCAUGAUAUAUUAAACCUAUUUGAUAUAAAUCAAUUAACAGGUGAGAUAACUGUUAAAGGUUUAAUAGAUUAUGAGGAGAAGGACAAAUAUGAAAUUGAAAUUGAAGCAUCAGAUAAAGGAUUCGCUCCACUUACAACAGAAAAAAGUGUCAUGAUUAAGAUAGUUGACGUGAAUGAUAAUGCACCUGAGAUUGAAGUUACCUCAUUUUCAAGCUCCAUACCUGAAGACUCCAGACCUGGAACUACUGUUGCCCUGAUCAGUGUAAAUGACUUGGAUUCUGGUCUCAAUGGAAAAGUUAUUUGCUCUAUAGGUGAAGAUGUUCCAUUUGCUUUAUCACCAUCAUUGCAAGACAAAAUGUAUUCAUUAGUCACCAAAUCCCCUCUGGAUAGAGAGAAACAGUCACAUUAUGAUCUGACAAUAACUGCAAAAGACGCUGGUCAACCACCAUUAUCAUCUGAAAAGACAAUAAGUGUUGUGGUGUCAGAUGUGAAUGACAACAGUCCAGAGUUUUCAAUGAGUCCAUAUACUUUCUAUAUCACUGAGGCUAAUGAGCCAGGAGCCUCUGUGUUUUCUGUUAAAGCUUUUGAUCGUGAUGAGAACAACAAUGCUCUCAUAUCAUAUCACAUUCUCAGAGAUGGGAGCCAUGAAAAUAAACUGGCUUCAUUUCUCAACAUAAACUCUGAAAACGGAGAUAUUCUGGCCCUGAAAAGUUUCGACUUUGAAACAGUGAAAACUUUCCAGUUCCAAGUUGUUGCCACAGAUUCUGGAACUCCAUCACUGAGCAGCAACGUCACAGUGAACGUGUUCAUUCUGGAUCAGAACGACAACGCUCCAGUCAUCCUGUAUCCACUCAGCUCCAACAGCUCUGCUGAAGGGGUGGAGGAGAUUCCCCGCAAUGUCAACGCAGGACACUUGGUGAGCAAAGUCAGAGCCUAUGACGCUGAUAUAGGAUAUAACGGCUGGUUGCUGUUCUCACUGCAGGAAGUCACUGACCACAGUCUCUUUGGUUUGGACCGCUAUACAGGACAGAUCAGAACACUUCGCUCAUUCACAGAGACAGACGAGGCUGAGCAUAAACUGCUCAUACUGGUCAAAGACAAUGGCAACGUUUCACUCUCAGCAACAGCUACUGUCAUUGUCAAAGUCGUGGAGCCCAAAGAGGCUUUUGCAGCUUCGGAUGUGAAAAGUGCAGCAAAGGAUGAGGAGGGGAAUGAUGUGACUUUUUAUCUGAUGAUCACUUUGGGCUCAGUUUCAGUACUUUUUCUCAUCAGCAUCAUCGUGCUGAUUGCAAUGCAGUGCUCCAAAUCCACAGACUAUACUUCUAAAUAUCUACAAGAGACUAAUUAUGAUGGGACACUGUGUCACAGCAUCCAGUACAGAUCAGGAGACAAACGGUACAUGUUAGUUGGACCCAGGAUGAGUAUUGGAUCUACUAUAGUCCCUGGCAGCCAUGCAAAUACACUCGUACUGCCUGACAGGAGGAGGGCAUCGGGGGAGGUAAGGAAUUUUGAAUCAAUCUUUUUUCCCCCUACAAAGUUUUUGUUAUUGUUGUAUUUGUUAAUGGAAUUUGUGGCACAGUUGCUGUGUCUAUCACCCGUUUUCACUGAUAAUAGAUGA